GCGGCCAGAGCUCGUUCAAUUCUUGACGCGCUAGCACUGUUUCAUACGUGCUUUUGAAUAUAUAAAGUACAUACAGUGUUUGGCACCCUUGAUCCCCCUUCCCAGCCCCUAAUCCCCCCCGAUCGGCCCGUCGCGGGCACACGAAAAGAUAUUUUCAUGUCGCGUUUUUGUUUCGCCGAAUUAAAAGCAAGUUAUCCGUCAUCAACGAACAUCUCGCGUUAUCUGUGUUCAAGAUUGUGCAUCGGUGGUGUAUUGGGUUUGGGAUUUACGGCAAAUCUGACCUCCGUCCAAGAUCGUUGACUUGAGACGUUCUCUGGGUAGCCCCUUCGGUGUUUUUGUCAAUGUGUGCCACAGGCUGAAUUGGUAUCUUUUUUUCCCUUUCUUUUCUUAGGUUUUGUUUUUUCCUUUAUGUCGCGACGGGAUUAACGAGUGUUUCGUUAUAAGCGAGAAAAACUCGAAAGAGUGAGAAUAAAAAGGAAGAAUAAGAGAAAAGAAAAAGAAACAAUUAAGUGCGAAAAAUCUCGUUGCAACCACUGAAUCGUCAUGAUGAAGAGCAGCGCUCUGCCGAAGAAAGAAAACAAAAUGCGCAUACGUGCUUUUCCGAUGACUAUGGAUGAGAAGUAUGUGGAGAGCAUUUGGGCAUUGCUUAAAAAUGCUAUUCAAGAGAUCCAGAAAAAGAAUAAUUCGGGUCUCAGCUUCGAAGAGCUCUACAGGAAUGCAUACACCAUGGUACUACACAAAUAUGGAGAAAGAUUGUACACCGGUCUCAAAGAAGUUGUUACCCAACAUCUUGAGAAUAAAGUUCGCGAGGAUGUCCUACAAUCCCUUCACAAUAAUUUCCUACCGACUCUUAAUCAGGCUUGGAACGAUCACACAACUUCCAUGGUCAUGAUCAGGGAUAUUCUUAUGUAUAUGGAUCGAGUAUAUGUUCAACAGAACGACGUUGACAACGUCUACAAUCUUGGUCUCAUCAUAUUCAGAGAUUUGGUUGUCAGAUACGGUUGCGUGCGAGAUCAUCUACGCGAAACAUUAUUAGGAAUGGUUGCGCGUGAAAGAAGAGGCGAAGUCGUGGAUCGUAUAGCAAUAAAAAAUGCUUGCCAAAUGUUGAUGAUGUUGGGUAUCAAUAGCAGAUUGGUCUACGAAGAGGAUUUUGAAAAACCUUUUUUGCAAGAGAGCGCUGAAUUUUAUAGGAUGGAAUCGCAAAAGUUCCUGGCAGAAAACAGUGCGUCGGUAUACAUAAAGAAAGUGGAAGCAAGGAUCGCUGAAGAAUCGGAGAGAGCGAAACAUUAUCUGGACGAAUCGACCGAAUCAAGAAUAGUUGAGGUUGUGGAAGUCGAACUCAUUAAAUUACACAUGAAAACGAUAGUCGAGAUGGAAAACAGUGGAGUUGUCCACAUGCUCAAAAAUUUGAAAACCGUGGAUCUUGGCUGUAUGUGCAAACUGUUUUUGAGAGUGCCCGACGGUUUACGCACGAUAUGCGAGUGCGUAUCGCAAUUCCUACGAGAGCAGGGUCGCGCCAUGGUCCAAGAGGAACAAGAAUCCAACACAAACGCCGUACACUUUGUUCAAAAUCUUCUCGAUCUCAAAGAGCGCUUCGAUCAUUUUCUACACCAUUCCUUCCACAACGAUAAACUAUUCAAACAAAUGAUCGUCUCGGAUUUCGAAUAUUUUCUGAAUCUCAAUCCGAAAAGUCCCGAAUAUCUUUCGCUUUUCAUAGACGAUAAAUUGAAGAAAGGUGUCAAAGGGAUGUCGGAACAAGAAAUCGAAGGUAUACUCGACAAGACAAUGGUACUAUUCAGAUUUCUACAGGAGAAAGACGUUUUUGAACGGUAUUACAAACAACACUUAGCGAAACGCCUGUUAUUGAAUAAAUCCGUGUCUGACGAUAGUGAGAAAAAUAUGAUUAUGAAACUGAAGACUGAAUGCGGAUGCCAAUUUACAUCGAAACUCGAAGGAAUGUUCAAAGAUAUUACUGUCAGUAAUACAAUAAUGGACGAGUUUAAGGAUCACGUUUUUGCGUCCUCGAUGAAUGUUCACGGUGUGGAUCUCAGUGUUCGGGUACUUACCACCGGUUUCUGGCCGACACAAUCAGCAACACCGAAGUGCAGUAUACCUUUACCAGCUCGAAAUGCCUUCGACACUUUUCGACGUUUCUAUCUUGCCAAACACACCGGUCGUCAAUUGACGUUACAGCCGCAAUUAGGCUCGGCGGAUCUCAAUGCCGUAUUUCAUGGACCACGUAGAGAAGACAACGGUGCUCCUGGUAUGGAAACACCAUCGUCGACAAGUUCAAUAAGCAACGGAAGUGGCAGCGCUAGUGGAAGUCUCCUCAGCCAACGUAGUAGCUGUAGUGCCUCUGCGAGGAAACACAUCAUUCAAGUAUCCACAUACCAAAUGUGCGUUCUCAUGUUGUUCAACAACAAGGACAGACUCACGUACGAGGAGAUUCAAAACGAAACGGACAUUCCGGUAAAAGAUUUAGUUAGAGCAUUGCAAUCUCUUGCUAUGGGCAAAGCCGCACAGAGAGUUCUGUUGAAGCACCCGCGAUCUAAAGAGAUUGAACCAUCUCACUGCUUUUGUGUGAACGAUAGUUUCACAAGCAAGUUACACAGGGUGAAAAUUCAAACGGUCGCAGCAAAAGGUGAAUCGGAACCUGAAAGAAGGGAAACGCGAAAUAAGGUCGACGAAGAUAGAAAGCACGAGAUCGAAGCGGCUAUCGUACGGAUAAUGAAAGAUCGAAAACGCAUGGCACACAACAUACUCGUCACCGAAGUCACAGAGCAAUUGAAAGUUCGUUUUCUACCUUCGCCAGUGAUAAUCAAGAAGCGUAUCGAAGGCUUGAUCGAACGCGAGUACUUGGCCCGAACGCCUGAGGAUCGAAAAGUGUACACGUACGUUGCUUAAUCCUGAGAAUGGAGUCGGAUCUGUACAAACAUAAUCUGCCAGGUAUGGACCGUAGUAAUCUUGGUCCGCGCGUAGCAUUACGAUAAGUUCUAAGAGCGAUGAGACGAAGAAAAAAAUAAGAUAUUGUCAGUAAAUAUUAUAACAGAUUUAAAUUAUUCCAGACCUAUUGACAAAUAUAUACUUUUUACAUGUUAUUACCCCUUCCACAUCCGUAAUCCCCGAUUCCUUGAUCGUCCCACUUAAUAUACAUAGUAGAAAACUUGAGUCGCCUGAACAUCAUCAAUUGAUCGAGAAUACUCGCCGUUCAAUUUGUUCGCGGUAAAAGAUAAAAAUAAGAAAUAAGAAAAUUUAAAUGAGAAAAAAAAACUUAAAAAUUUAUUUAGGGUGAUAAGUGAGUGAGGAUUUUUUGGUUGCUCGAGCGUGUGCAUGUGUAUGUUCGUGCUAGGAAGAAUGUGUCGGUAUAGUUUGAAUUAUUGUCAAACGUGAAAGAACGAAACAAAAACAAAUAUAAUAAUGAAGGAACGAGUAAUUAAGAAUGAGUCUUCGUAUUCAUUGUAAGAAGCGAGAAAAUUAUAAAUAUGUAUGAAUAAGUGUAUUCAUAUAUUCGAGUUCACCUUGAUAAAGAAAAAAAUGAGACCGCAA